AUGUCUUCAACAACACCCCAGAUCCACGAAACCAACGGAGUAAGCGUGCUCGAUGUUCUUCUCAUUGGCGCUGGAUUCGGCGGAUGCUAUGGUCUCUAUAAACUCCGUCAACUAGGACUCAAGGUCCAUGUUUUCGAAGCGGGCUCCUAUCUUGGAGGAGUCUGGCAUUGGAAUACCUACCCUGGGGCUCGCGUCGACUCGGAGAUCCCAUACUAUCAAUUUUCGAUGCGUGAAGUUUGGCGAAAAUGGAACUGGUCCGAAAGGUUCCCCAGCGGAGACGAACUAAAAGCCUACUUCAAGCAUGUGGAUGAGACUUUGGAUCUAUCCAAAGAUAUUACUUAUUCCGCUAAUGUCAUUGAUGUGAGAUACGACGAAUCGACCAUGAAAUGGACAGUGACGACGGAGAAUGGCCAAAAAGCGCUAUGUAAAUACCUUAUUUGCGCCACUGGCAGCUCCUUUAAGGCACACUAUCCCGAUUUCAAAAACUUGCAUACAUUUCAGGGACAGCUUAUUCACUCGACUCGAUGGCCUGCGGUUGCAAAUACGAAGAACACACGUGUCGCCGUCGUCGGGUCAGGCGCCACUGCUGUCCAAUGUACACAGGAGAUAGCAAAGGAGGCAAGCCAUUUGACAGUCUACAUACGUACGGCCAGCAUCUCAUUGCCGAUGUUCCAGCGAUCGAUGAGUGAACUUGAACAACGAGUCGCCAAGUCCACUUAUCGAAGUAUGUUUUCCUAUUGCCGAAAUUCAAAGUCUGGUCUUGGAUACGAUACACAACCAGGCUCUGUUUAUGACUUGAAUGACCAAGAACGGGAAGAGCUUUGGGAGGAGCUAUGGAACCGUGGCGGAUUUAACUUCAAUCAAGCAAAUUAUCGGGACUUCCUAGUAGACCAAAAAGCUGGUGAGCUGAUGUAUGAGUUCUGGGCAAAGAAAACGCGCCCAAGGCUCAAGAAUCCUGCAAAAUCAGCGUUUCUCGUGCCUCAGAAAGCGCCCUUUGCCUUUGGGACGAAGCGGAGCAGUCUUGAACAAGACUACUACGAGCGCCUUGAUCAAGACAAUGUUGAUAUUGUCGACCUUAAAGCCAAUCCAAUCCAAGAAUUCACGGAAAAGGGCAUCAUUUCUCAAGAUGGGGUGGAACGUGAAUUCGAUACCAUCGUAAUGGCUACGGGCUUCGACGCAAUGACGGGUAGCCUAACAAAUAUGAAUAUUCAUGGUAGGGAUGGGUUAACUUUCCAAGAACGAUGGAAAGAUGGUGUCUUCACCCAUCUGGGUCUUUGCAGCAGCGGUUGCCCGAACCUCUUUAUGAUAUAUGGACCACAAGGCAAGUUGUUGCUAACGACCAAAUCAGCGCCCACAGCGUUUACUAACGGGCCUCCAUUCAUUGAAAGCCAAGUUGACGUACUCGUCGACCUGAUCAAGAAACUUCAAAGAGAGGGGAUCAGGUCGAUUGAAGGACAGCGGAGUGCCGAGGAACAGUGGAAGAAAGCAAUCCAAGAUGCCAAUGAUCAAACCUUGUUGCCGUUGACGGACUCUUGGUAUAUGGGAGCAAACAUACCAGGCAAGCCGCGAGAGCAGUUGAACUACUUGGGAGGCAUUGAGCAGUACAUACGUGAGUGUCGAACAGCUUUGAAAACCUUAGAGGGAUUUACUGUUCUCUACGACACCGACAAGUAG